UCGCGCACAGCCGUCUCCUACAGCCCCAGGACAACCUGGCAAUCUGUCAGUCUGAACGCGGCACGUACGCGGCUCGUCUGCGCGUUUUACCUGCGUGUGUGUCGGCACAGUCAUGCCAUGGAUGUUCUGUGGCAAUAUCAGUUCAGGAUCAUCUUGCUAGGGGACUCGACGGUGGGCAAAUCGUCCUUGCUCAAACGUUUUACCGACGGCGUGUACAGCGAUGUGGCGGACCCGACGGUCGGAGUGGAUUUCUACGCCCGCUCGCUUGACAUCGAACCCGGGGUGAAGAUUAAGCUCCAGCUUUGGGACACCGCCGGCCAAGAGAGGUUCAGGUCAAUCACGACCUCCUACUACCGCAACUCGGUGGGCGGGCUCCUGGUGUUCGACCUGACCAACCGGGCGUCGUUCGAGCACGUGCGCGACUGGCACCGGGAGGUGAGCGAGCACGUGCUGCCGCACCACAUGGUGUUCCUCCUGAUCGGGCACAAGAGCGACCUGGGCCGCGAGCGGGCGGUGCCGCGCGAGGAGGCGGAGCGGCUGGCCGCCGCGCUGGGCGUGCGCUACGCCGAGACGUCGGCCAAGAGCAACAGCAACGUGGAGCGCGCCUUCCAGAUGCUGACGCGCGACGUGUACGAGCUGAUGCGCUCCGGCCACAUCGCCACGCGGCAGGGCUGGGACGGCGUCAAGAGCGGCUUCAACGGCAAGAUCCUGCUGCCCGCCGAGGAGCAGGCCGCGCCCGAGAGCAAGUGCCAGUGCUGA